ACUUUUAAGCCUAACUAGAACAACACAUGGAACGAGGCACGUCAAACGACAUAUAGAAAAUGAGGUAAGGUGCCAACUUACACAAAAAUCGAGGCAUGCCAAAGUAUUCAUCUUGGAAGCCUAAACAUGUCCAAAUUUUUAUUGUUUGACAACUUAUCUUAACCCUAAGAUUUUAUAAGUUUCUAAUAAUAGUUUCUAACAAUUACAUUUACAUAAGUCUUUACUGUGAAACUCUCGUGUAAAUCGUAAUUUAUGACAUCACAUGAUAAAUAUUUAUCGGAUUAUUAUGUAAGUGUACAUUAGUUGCAAAAAGACCACCUCUCCUCUAACACGUAAUGGUGUAGUCUGUAAUUGCGUUCUCCCUCAGUCGUGCUUGUCGAUCUCACACAGGUCACACUGUCACUUGCUCGGUUGCUUUCCUUUGCUUCCUCAAGUAACGGUCACUUUUCCUCUGCAUCCCCGUUCGGCCUCCCAUCUUCCACAAUUAAUAAAUUAGCUUACCAAAACAAACGGCUAUAAUAUUAUUCCCCUCCUCAGCUCCUCUCUCGAUUUCUCCGUCUCUCCCAAACCCAGAAGCAAACGCCAAUUUCAUUACCUCUCUCUCUCUCUCUCUCACAAAUGCACAAAAACAUCGCUUUCUCUUUCAUCCUCUCACUCGCCCUCUUCUGCCUUUUGAUCCUGCCUUCCACGGCCAAGGACGGCUUGGUUACGACGGAGCUGUGGUGCGUGGCCAAGAAUAACGCGGAGGACGCCCCCCUGCUGACGGCGCUGAACUGGGCAUGCGGGCCUGGUGGGGCCGACUGCAGCCCAAUCCAGCAAGGUGGGCCCUGCUACGACCCAACCGACAUCCAGAACACUGCCUCCUACGCUUUCAACGACUACUUUCUGAAACACGGCAUGACCGACGAUAGUUGCAACUUUGAUAACACUGCCGCACUCACUUCUCUGAAUCCCAGUCAUGAUAAGUGCAAAUUCCCAUCCAGCUUAUCAGCGAGCAAUGCAAGCAUCUCCAGUCCAUCAACAGCAUAUGAAAAUGGAAUGGGACCUAGUGAAAAUUUGAACGGCAGCAAUAAGAUUUCUGAGCAGUGGAUUUGGCCCCUCGUUACCAGUUUUCUGGUCAUUGCAUAUAAUACAUGGGCAAUGGGUUAGCGAGCAAGCAAGCGCUUGCUCGCGUUUUUCCCGGAAUAUUUUUGUUAACGAACUAGCCUAGGACGAGGUUAGGUCUGUAUGGAGUGGAUAAAUUGCUCUCGAUUUUGUUAUCUGUCCGAGGCUCAAGCUUUGUAAUUAGGGUUUACAAAACCAAGCAGAUCAAUGUUUAUGUUCGUUGCAACCGAUCUGAGCGUUGUUGCACAUUUUGUCUCA